UUUCUACUGAAACGAAAGCGGUCGAAUCGAUCGAAAGAGGGAAAGAGGGGGUUGGCCGAAAUGAGUCUUCCAAGACAGGCACUGAUGAUUUUGAUUCCUAGGAAAGCCGCCCUUUCUCUGCCCAGAUUAUCACUUCAUUUUUUUGCUUUGUUGCGGUCCGAUGCGAUUAGCAAACUUUUAUUUUGGGUUUAUUAAACUUAUCCAUCUAACAAUCGGUUCAGGAGCUUCAGAUGUCUCUUCGGACAACAAUACCUUUCGAUUUUGUAAGAUAGUUCUAAGAAGGACGUUCGGCCUCGUGACCAGAAAUCAUUCUGCCGUAUAACAACCAAAAUGAAACUGGGAAAACACUUGUAAUGAUAGUUGGAAGCACGUCAAGUACAUGCUAACAUGCAUGCUACGGCGAGAAUUUUCAUCUUUUUGCUUACUUUUUUGCAGGUUUCACCUUAUUUUACUCGGAGACAUUGCCAAUACUUGUACCAUUAUUCUAUAAAGAUCAAUAACUGUGAGCGAUGUAAACCAUGCAGGCUUGGGCAAAAGAUGACCAAAAAUUGUGGAUAUGACGAUAAAGGGAACAAAGUUGACCCUCCUUGUGUAUGGUGUCCCACUAGAACCUAUGGCAAAUAUAUCGACCAAGAUGGUGGAUUCUAUGCUUGCGAGAAUUGUGAAGUUUGCAGCAUUCAAAACAGGGAGACAAGAACGCCGUGUACCCCUGAAAGCAAUGCCAUUUGUGGGAAGUGCUUAGAAGGGUAUCGAGAAGCAAAGGACGGUUGCGAGAGGAUUGUGUCAACAUCCCAGGAGAUCCAGACGCCAAACUCUGGACCAGCAAUUCGGACUAAACUGCCAACAACUUUUACUAGAUUAACAGGCGUGUUGACUGCGAAAGCAAGUGGCAAUCUACCACUCUCAAAGGCAACGAAAAUAUAUACUGCAGUCACAAAAGCAAAAACAACUAGCACAACAGUGCCAGUAACAUACAGAAAAGGGACAACAACUUUGAAGAGAGCUCUUACUUCUGCAAAAGCAGUCAUCUCUACCCAAAGAGCCUCAACAAAAGCGCAAAACAAAACCAGCGUUUCACAACCUACUCAGAGGUCGACAACACCCUUCCAUGUAUCCGUUUCUACUUCGUUUCGCCAAUCGCCCCAGACGGAUUCCCGGGUUCAUGAGAAUUCUCCUCAGCUUGAUCAUAAAGACAAAAAGCGAGAAAUGAGAGAACAUUUUCUUCUGGUAGCUGUCAUUGGAUUUUCGCUUAUCGUCUUUUUUAUUGUACUGAUUGUCAUAUACAUUAAGUUGAGAUAUUCAAAGAAGAAAAAACAGAACACUGAGGUUGAAAGUAGAAAGAGCCAAGAACUCACAGCGUUCAAAAGUGACAUUGGAGCACCAGAGCUGGAACAAUUUUGUGAAGGACAAUCCGAGUAUUUUCCUCGAGAGCCAUGUAACAAAGCUGUGCCAAUGGACCAAGACGAUGGCUGUACAAUGGGGCUAAUUGAUGGUAAAAAAAGCGAACAUUCUACCAGUCAAGUCAAAGUGUUCCAACAAAAUGCAACAGAAAAUAGCUGGAACGGGUCGAUGGUAAAAAAAUUGUCUUCCGAUGCGAUGAGAGUGGAACAUACGAAAGCAGAUUCGUCAAAGUUUAAGCUGAAUGCGGAAGGACCUAAAAGAAAAUGUUUUAUAUGCAGGCAAACAUCAACCAAGCUGACCAUAGAUAGAAGAGAAUGCGAUAUUAUUGAGUCAGGCCUGCUGUUCGUCGAAAAGAAAAUUGAGGAGCUUGGUGAGUGUCAGAAGACUUUAUUGCGAGAAAAACUUGAUAUGCAGCGCAGUGGAAUUCGAAACUGGAAAGAGGCUGCCCAAUACUUUUGUGUGCCUAGAAACUAUGUUGAUGAUUGGAAAAGCAAGAUUAAAGCUGGUGAAAGUCCUUCCGAGUCUUUGAUUGUCUAUUUGGUAACAAAAAAUACUACCGUUCUUGAUAUGCUGUUAUGCCUUCGGACUUUAGGUAGAGACGAUGCCUAUGUGGCACUCUGUGAACACUUGAAAAAUAAGUGUAAGCUUUGUGAAAGAGAAGAGAGAAUAACAACAAUCUGAUUGACUUCAAAGAUAUCAUCAAUGAGACAUCAAUUGAAAAUGUGUAUAUAGGUAUUAUAUGUAUUUGUAUUUGUAAUUGUAUGAUUAAUUGUAUCUCUAUUUUGUACAACUGUCGUUACGUGUAAUAAUAUAAUUUUCCAGUGGAUUGCCUCGAUAUCAGCAUCCAGCCUCGAUAUCAACACCGCCUAGAACAUUUGAAGGGAGGAGGGGAGACACUGCCCUUAUAUUUCUUUUCUAAUUUCUUGGCUCGGGUACCCAUAGGUAGGCAUGGGUAAGUAGGCUGCCUGAUUAAACUUUUGAUAAUACACCAUUCCUCAAAUGCAGUAAACUGGAAGAUGUCAAUUUCUAUGGAAUACGACGCCUAAAAGAGCCAUACAAACUAUACACAAGCUAGAGCUAAAAGAUACACAACAAAUUCACGCUUCUUCAAGUUCAUGGAAUGUUCGUGGAAGUGGAAGACGGAGCUUCAUAUUCCUGAACAAUAUGUUUAUUGUAACAACGAUUAGUGUUUAACCCUCAUCGUUAAGUAAUUUGUUAGUCUUACUUUUUACGUUUAUCAUUUUAUUUAUCUGUUGUGAAGUUUUAUCAAUUUUACCCAUCAUAAGAAGGUUAUAUUACGGUUUAGAUGCUUAAUCGAGCCUAGAUAAUUAAAUAGUUUUUGGAACCUUUACAAUCAUGUGCUCGCGUUUCUGAUUGGCCCAUUUUCGACCCACAAUUUGGUUUAGAUAUUUCCCAACUUUGUGUUUUGGUUGCUUUGGUCUAUAUUCUGGUGCUUUAUACCCUGAAGACUGUCAGACGAAAAUCUUCAGUAAGUUUGAAAUUUAGCUAAAAUUAAAGCCAUUUAUCAUCAUGAACUUUUUCAUCAUAAAAUUUAUCAUCAUGAACUUCAUUAUCAUCAAAAAAUUCUUUUAGACAGUUUCACGUACGAGCUGGUAUAGAUUCGGGUUAAUAGGAAUUUCUGGGUUAACGCUUUUAUAAUUUCACAUUCGUUAAUAUUUCGAUUUUGCUAGCUGCCAGAUUGACCCUUCCAGAAGAUCUUUCUCAUUUUACCCUGCUAAAUAAAACAAGAUAUAGCCAAAUUAGCCUUGGUUACUUGUUUUUGACCAAUCAAUCUAUCACUCAUCAUCUCACGCGUUACAUUCAAUCCAUAAAUUUCUCCUUAUUUUUAUCUAUUGUCAGACGUUUACACUCUGGUAUGUGAGAAACAACAGCCGUAAUUUUGUGGGUGGAGGGCUAGUCUGAAGGCAAGAAUUUUACGAUGAAAAUUGUCCAAAAACUAGCUUUCAGCCAAUCCAUUGUUGCUUUCAUUAAAAUUUCUUACAAAACAACAGCAAAAGUAGAAAGAAUGUACAAUACGCCUCAGCUUAUCUUUGCCCCCUUGCUCUAAAAGUGCGCCUGACAUUUGCCUUAUGUAAUAUUAUUCUCUAAUAAAAAUAGCAUUGUAAUUAUAAUCUGGAUUUUCCGAUAACUCUCAUAUUUUCAGACUAAUUCCACAAAAUUCCAAAGAUUGGGGUGUGAUACCCCUCCCCACAUACCCCUUGUAUUUACGUGCCUGAAAUCAGCACUCGGAGCUGGAUUUAUUUUGUACUUUGCAGGUCAUCGUUACAACAGAUGUAGCCUUAUAAAUAACAUUUUGCUGUGUUUU